AUGGCCAGUGGAACUGUUGUGUUGGCACGGUAUUCCAGGAUCCACACUGUAAUGGUUGUCCAGAGUAUCGAGGAUCAUCACUUGGAGGUGAUAUCUCUGUGCAGGGAGAACGGGUUCCACGGCCUGGUGGCGUACGACUCGGACUACGCACUGUGUAACAUCCCCUACUACUUCUCUGCCCACGCCCUGAAGCUGAGUCGUAACGGGAAGAGCUUGACCACCUCCCAGUACCUGAUGCAUGAAGUGGCCAAACAACUGGACCUCAACCCCAACCGCUUCGUUAUCUUCGCUUCACUUUUAGGUAACCACAUACUUCCUGAUGAAGACUUGGCUGCCUUUCACUGGAGUCUCCUGGGUCCAGAGCAUCCGCUAGCAUCGCUCAAGGUGCGCGCCCACCAGCUAGUGCUCCCGCCGUGUGACGUGGUGAUCAAGGCAGUGGCUGACUAUGUUCGAAACAUGACGGACUUCAGCGACCUGGAGGCCAUCGCUAACGACAUCUUCAGACACUCACAGUCCAGGACUGAUGACAAAGUUGUCCGCUUUAAGAAAGCAGUGGAGUACUACUCAGCAGCCAGCAAGUCUCAACACUUCUCACCUUACCAAGUCGGACCAAACCAGACAGGAGGAGUUUCUCCUGUAGCAGCAGUUCUGUCACACUACGCAGCUCCGCCGCCUCAGACGCUCAACAUUCCUCCCCUGUCGGGGAAACCUGCGGUCCAGCCUGUCUACUCAGCCCCCCCGGUCGUAGAGCCUGGCCCGGGGACUGGGGCUAAUGCUGGCCCUAGUGGUGACCCUGGUGCUGGUCUCAGUCCUGGUACUUCUGGUCUGGAGUCAUCGGUGGGGAAGACCCUGGCAGAGCAGGUUCCAAGCAGCUUCAGCAACAUUCCUCCUAAAGAGAAGCACACGCCGCUGUACGAGAGGUCUUCUCCCAUCAACCCCUGUUUUCCCCCGGGGGGCACGGCCGCCACCAGCCCCUCCUCCCCCUCCUCCUCCUCCUCCACCACCUCCUCAGAGAACGAGGACAACGCAGGCUUCACUGCCAAUCAUGUAAGUGACCAUAAAGGAGGAUGGGACAGACCAUCAGAGAGCACAGCAGAGGGGGAACUGGGAGGAUGGGACAAACCAUCAGAGAGCACAGCAGUGGGGGAGCUGGGAGACCAAACCAAGGCUAACCCAACGGUGACCCCUCCUGUGGCUCAGGGGUUAGAGGUCAGCGGUCAUCUGAAUGCCCAGAUCCCGUCUUUGCUGUCAAUGCCGACCAGGAACCACAUGGACAUCACUACGCCUCCACUCCCCAUGGUGGCUCCAGAGGUCCUCAGAGUGGCCCAACACAGACACAAGAAGGGCCUGAUGUACCCCUACAUCUACCACAUCCUUACCAAGAGUGGCCCAACACAGACACAAGAAGGGCCUGAUGUACCCCUACAUCUACCACAUCCUUACCAAGUUACCCCUCCACUCCCCAUGGUGGCUCCAGAGGUCCUCAGAGUGGCCCAACACAGACACAAGAAGGGCCUGAUGUACCCCUACAUCUACCACAUCCUUACCAAGGGGGAGAUAAAGCUGUCCGUCACCAUAGAGGAUGAGGCCAAUCAGGAGCUCCCGUCAGCAGUGCAGCUGUUCAGACCCAUCCGCCAGUAUGUUUACGGGGUACUCUUCAGCCUGGCUGAAGCCAAGAAGAAGGCUGAGAGACUAGCCAUGAGGCGCAACCGUCUGCCUGAAUACCCCCCUGUGGCAGUGAAGGAGUGGGCGGCCUACAAGGGGAAGUCCCCCCACACCCCAGAGCUGGUGGAGGCUCUGCCCUUCAGAGAGUGGACCUGUCCAAACCUGAAGAAGCUGUGGCUGGGCAAGGCUGUGGAGGAUAAGAAUGGCAGGAUGAGGGCCUUCCUGGCCUGUAUGAGGUCAGAUGCCCCAGCCAUGCUCAACCCAGCCUGCGUCCCCACACAACUCCUGGUUCUCUGCUGCGUGUUGAGGUUUAUGUUACAAUGGCCAGGAGUAAGAGUGUUGCGUGGUAAGGAACUGGAUGCGUUCCUCGCCCAAGCACUUUCUCCUAAACUCUAUGAGCCUGAACAGCUGCAGGAACUCAAGGUGAUUUUGUAGCGAGAAGUGUUCUGGAACCACCCAGUGGCAGACA